GGUUCUUUGGUUAACUCUCGUAAAUGCAGUUCCCCGACAGAGGGAUCCGUGUAUGUGUUCGCCAUGUCGGAAUGGCGGCACGUGUUAUGCAAAGGACGAAACACAAUUUGUUUGCAAGUGUUCUGAUGGCUUCAUUGGCGAAACCUGCAAUGUCAGAGAACAAAGGGAUCCAUGUAAAUGCUCCCCAUGUAACAAUGGCGGUAUUUGUCAUGUUAAAGACGAAUCCAAUUUCAUUUGUGAGUGUCCAGAUGGUUUCUUAGGACACAAUUGCGACCUCAAAGUACAAAAGGAUCCCUGUUUGUGUUCCCCAUGUAAAAAUGGCGGAACAUGCUUUGCAAAAGACGAAAACAACUUCAUUUGCAGAUGUCCAGAUGGCGUAACAGGAGAAACUUGCAAUGUCAAUGAACAAAGUGAUCCCUGUCUAUGUUCCCCAUGCCAUAACGGUGGCACUUGCCAUGCUAAAGACGAAUCCAAGUUCGUAUGUGAAUGUCCAAAAGGUUUCAUAGGAGAAAUCUGCAACGUCAAAAAGCAAAAGGAUCCUUGUUUAUGUUCCCCCUGUAGCAAUGGCGGAACGUGCUAUGCAAAGGAUGAAAACAACUUCAUUUGCGCGUGCCCACAUGGCCUGACAGGAGAAACCUGCAACGUCAAAGAACAAAGGGAUCCCUGUUUGUGCUCUCCAUGUCAUAACGGUGGCACUUGCUCUGCUGUGGACGAGACACGGUUCCUUUGCAAGUGUCCACAUGGCUUUAUGGGUGACACCUGCAAUGUCAAAGGAUUUUAAAAAAUGCUGGAAGUAUACGAGAAUGAAUAGACCGAAGGAAAAUAGAAAUAUAGAUUCUUGAAAUAAAAAUGUGUGGUGGUCAAAAUGAAGAAUUUAAUAAAAAUUUUGGUACACAUUA